ACCUUGAAGUCAUUUGAGAGAUUACUCUGUCUCUCUCUUUCUCUCUCUUAUCUGUUCUGAUAAGACAAGUACACAUGUUUUCCAGGUGCUGUCAGCCAGUGACUACCUGUGACUGAGAUCAUGCACACCGAGGAAAACUCAUGCUGCUGUUCCUUUGAUGACUGCAAACUGACUACAGAAUGGCUGCUGAGCAGGACGAGACACAGGCCAAAGAUAGCUAUCGUGUGCGGCUCUGGACUGGGACUUCUCACAGACAGUGUCUCAAAUAAACAGACCUUCCGCUAUGAGGACAUUCCCAAUUUCCCAGUGAGCACAGUUCCUGGUCAUGAAGGGAGCCUGGUGUUUGGUCAAAUCAAAGGCAAGUCAUGUGUCUUCAUGCAAGGAAGGUUCCAUCUCUACGAGGGUUACUCAUUGUGUAAGGUCACGUUCCCCGUGCGGAUCUUCAAACUGAUGGGUGUGGAGACCAUUGCUGUGACAAAUGCCUCGGGAGGUCUUUGUCAGGAUUUCAAAGUGGGAGACAUCAUGGUCAUUAAAGACCAUAUUAACUUGCCAGGGUUUGCUGGACAGCACCCACUGUGUGGACCCAAUGAUGAACGAUUUGGGAUCCGGUUUCCUUGCAUGUCUGACGCAUACAGCAAAGACCUGAGGAAACUUGUUUUGGACAUCACUGCUGAGCUGGGCUACUCUAAUUUUGUGCAUGAGGGUGUCUACUGUAUGGUUAGUGGACCCAACUUUGAGACCAUCGCUGAGGCACGCAUGCUGCACAUCUUGGGGAGCGACUCUGUUGGCAUGAGCACGGUUCCUGAGGUGACGGUAGCCAAGCAUUGUGGACUGCGGGUCCUGGGUCUCUCACUGAUCACCAACAAGGUUUCUCUGGACUACAGCCACGAGGAGAAAGUGAAUCACGAGGAGGUGCUGCAGAUCAGCAAGAUGAGAACUGAGAUGCUCAAGAACGUGCUCGUAACCUUCAUCGCUCGCUCUCACCAAGUGGAGACCAUUAACAACAGCAACUGCAUCUACUCAAAUGCCAUGUAGGUUCAAUCAAACCAGCUCAAUUGAGGGCACUGUUGAAGUCAUGUGAAUGUACGCUACAGAUCUUAAAGGCUUCAUGUUAUGCUUAGCCUUUUUUAUCUGGUUGGUUGAAAAUUCUAGUGAUGAGAAAUUUUGUAUAUGUGACAAGAUCAGCAAUUGUAUUACGCCCCGUGUAACAAUAUUUAGUUGAUUAGCGUCAGCAGUUAGCCCUUGCUGUUAGAUGCAGUAACUACACCUAUACCUCUAUAUAAAAUAAAUAUUUGCUAUUCUAUAAUUUUUAUUCAGCAUGUUUUUGAAGAAUGUUUCAACUGUUUUUGUCCAUACAAUGAAAGUCAAUGGGGUCCAAAACAACACUGGACCCCUUUGACUUUCAUUGCAUGUAUUCAAAAAGAAAGAAAUAUAUUUUUGUGUAUGUGUUCUACAGAAGAAAGUCGUACAGGUUUGUUAAACACAUGAGUGUGAGUAAAUGAUCCAUUUCAGUAUCCAUUCCAAAAGUUUUCAUAAAUGUUUACGACUUAUGUAUUUAGCAUUUUCACAUAACCAUUCUUAUCCCCAUUUGUUUUUGCACCAUUGAGUUUUCCAUUAUCAUAAGCGUAUGCUAUGGACAUAGAUUUAUCAUUUUCAGCGCAUCAUGAACCAAACAACUAAUAAUAAUAAUAAUAAAGCGAUUUAGAAGUAACUGAUCAAUUUAUCCAUACUAUUAUGCGUCUAUUUUGACAGAUUCCUAAUGUUAAUAAGAAAUUCAUCAAAAUCUAAAUAUUAAUGACUAAUGUUCAAAUUAGCAGAAUGAAAUGAUAAAUCAGUGCAUUAUCUGUUUGGAUAGACUUUUGAGAGGAAGCAUUGGUGAUCAUGUUAAACACUGGUGGACUUGAUUGUUUUAAAUCAAUUUCCAAUAAAACAGCAAAUCUCAUUUAUAUUAUAUGGUAUCUCAAUAUCUGAACUGUAGAUGAGUUUUUAUAUGCAGGUGUUGCUUUAUUCAUGUCUCAGUAAAAAUACCAGCUUGGGGCAAAAUAUUUUGAAUUACUCAUUUACUGACAAAAACUUUCAAUUUUGCUCCUCUAAGAUGUAACUCUGAGGGUCAAAAAGUAAUUCCUCUAAUUAGCACCAUCUUAUAAUGAGUAUUCUUAUCAAUAAAAUGGAUUUUUACCUAA